UUCCCAGUAGGGGGUGUGCAGGAGGCAGCCAUUCGGUGUUUCACUGUCAGGUGGACAAAGUUUUUCAUGGUAUUUAGGCAUCCUGCCUUAAUCUUUAUUACUGAAAAACAUGGAAAUUACUUCGCUUAUGUACAAAAGUUUAACUCAAGUGUUGUAAGCAAAUAUACCCUCUUACUUGGACAAGAAGAAAAAUCUGUUAUACAGAGUUUUACUGCAUCCUUGUGUCGUAAAUUCAUUUCUUUGAUGUCAUUAAGCUCAGAUGGAUGUAUAUAUGAAACCUUGAUACCAAUACAUCCGAGUGACCCAGAAAAAAAUCAACAUCAGAAGGUAGUUAGAUCACUGUUGCUCAAGACUGUCGUGUCUGGAAAUGCUCGAAAUGCACUCAGUGUCCUGGAUCAAGAUCACGUAGCAGUGCUGGGACCACCGCUACCAGCUUCUAAGGAAUGCCUCUCCAUAUGGAACACAAAAUUUCAANNNNAACAAUUUAGCAAACUAGACUGUAAACUUCCAGAGGCUCAGGGGUCCUUGUCUGGUUUUCUUUGGUAUUAUGGGGAACAUUUAUUUAUGCUACAUGGAAAAAUUCUAACUGUGAUUCCAUACAAGUGUGAAAUGUCAUCAUUAGCAGGUGCUCUUGGAAAACUCAAGCAUGGUCAAGAUCCAGGCACUCAGAUCAUGCCUCAUUUUGUAAAUUGGGAAACCUCUCAGGGACUUGGAUCCCAGAACGCAGAGCCAUCAAAGAGAAUUUUAAGGAGAAGGAAAAUUGAAGCAAGUGUACAGCCAGAAGUUCCAGCAUCCCAGCAACUUUUAUCAACCAUAAAGAAAGAUUCAGAAAAACACAUUGAAAUGGAACUACGUAAAUUUUUGGCUAUUAAGCGGACACCUGACUUUCAUACUGUUAUUGGGGACAUAGUAAUAGGACUUCUGGGAAGAUGUAAAACAGAACCAUCAUUUUAUCCUCGGAACUCUCUGAUGCAGCUUAUCCAGAUGCAUGUGCUUUCUUACAGCAUUGGUGAUGACAGUCUUCAAGAAACAGAUGUUAAUAUGGAGUCAGUUUCUGACUACAGUGAUGCUGUACAAGAAGAGCAGAUGGAAGAGCAAACGGGAAUUCUUCAAAAUGGCUUCAAUCCUGAAGAAGAUAAUUGUGAUAACUGUGAUAAAGAGUUAAGUGAAAAGCCUCAGAACACAAUAGAGGAGACCACUUCGUGCCCUGUAAUACCAAAAAGAGCAGCUCUCCUAAAUGCAGUUCUUCAUUCAGCAUAUAGUGAAACAUUUCUUCUGCCUCAUUUGAAAGACAUCCCAGCACAACAUAUCACUCUAUUUCUCCAGUAUUUGUAUUUUCUUUUGAAGUGUAGUGAAAAUGCUACUAUGACUCUUCCUGGAAU